AUGUUCCGCUUGUCGAAAUCCCGAAAAGAAAAGGCAGAGAAGGACUUUGUUGAUUUAUGUGAACCAUCCCGGCCCCGAAUAAUCAAUGGCCUCAAGAAACGAGCUUCGAGCACUCUACGCUCGGUAGCGAUUCCACAGGUAGUUGUGCGGACACCUAGGCACUCAGUCCUCAAAUCCGCUGGACCACACUUUUCAGACGAAGCCCCAUAUAGUGACCGCCGCCUUACUUUCUCUGGCCAUGCGUCGCGGCAAUUCGGACACUUCCAAGUUGACUCGGACGAUGGGUAUCAAAUGCCGGGGUAUUUCCACAAGAGCCUACCUAGAGAAGUCUAUGAUUGUAUUGUUGCACAGUUAGGUCCGAUUCACAUGGACCAGGAAGGAGCAUGCGCAACAUGUUAUCUAAAAGAUCUUCACAGCCUCUCCCUUACUAGUCGGGCGUGGGGAAAAGCUGCAAACGCAGCUAUGUACCGGAAGGCACUGGUGCUGGCCAAUGAAGAGCAUGGAGCGCAUCCGAGGCUGAAGAUAAAGGGGACCAGUCGACUAAAGUUACUUCGAAGGACUCUUCGCGAGAGCCCCAUCCUUGCUAAGCAGGUAAAGGAGUUGCAUCUCCCGGCUUUCCAGAACCUAUACCAAAAUGCCACCAUUGAACAAGAGGAGAUUUUGAAUCUGGUGGCGUCGUUGGUCAUGGCCUGCCCACGUCUGGAACGCCUCGUUGGCUUCCAUGUUCCAUUUACAAAUGCUUUCGACCGGCUAUCGUAUGCACUAUCGACCCGAUCGAACCUCAAGGAGCGGACGUGGAUACUAGGCAAUGCUGAGAACGAACUCAACGAGGAAGACGAAGACGAAAUGAGGGGUCACUACAUUGUCGAAUGUGACCCCACCGAACAUUUCCUCAACUUGAAUUCCAAUCACCCCGAGCUGUCUACUCUGGUCCUGCAUCAGGGACCAAACAACUCCUCGUCGCCCCUCAACUUCCGAGCCAUCGUCGGCACACUUCGAAGCUUCCCACAGCUGCGUCAUCUAUCGAUACGCGGGCUACCUGCGACUUCAUUUACAAAUAUGGUAUUGAACGCCUUACCAACAAACCUGCGAAGUCUUCGUCUCGAGGCGCUUCCUGGCAUCACAGAGAAGGGCAUCCAGCGCUUCGUGACAUCGCCGCAAGCGACCUCAAUUCAGAAACUGACGCUGGUUAGCAUGAACAUCAGCGUUCAUACACUAGCAGAUAUCCUGUCGCCUUCUCUAGCUGGCCUAGAGGAAUUCUCUCUAGUUCAAAACAAGGCACCUGUACUGCGAGAACACGAUACAAGACCCGUGUUCAAGUCGCUAUCGCUUCGCUACCUCCACUGGGAGUUUCGGUCUGAGGCUAGUUCUCUCUCAGCCUCCACUUUUGAAUCACCCGAGUCAUCAACAUCUCUAUCAACAAAUUUCGAGCCAAGUUGCUGCAUUGCCACCUUCAUCCUUGCAGCCGGUAUCAUGAACAACGAAUUCCCGUCCCUCUGCCACGUCCGCAUUCCUCAUGAUCCCCAAGGCACUAUCCAGUCACUCUGCAAACCGCUCACCACAACACUUCUACCAGCGGAUAUUUCCCAGCUUGCUCUAGCACCUCGUACCGCUAGCUCAGACAGUCUUGCAUUAGGCGAAUCAUUCCCUACUUCGGUCCGGGAAGACGAAAUGUUCAACUGUGCUGUGGGGUCAGAGACACGCGUCGACUCUGUCGUAAGCCUACCCAGGUAUGGGCUCCCCGCCACGAACGCCGCAAUCGGCACCGUUCUUACGCCCAUGCGAUCACGCAUCGCAGCGCAAGCGCGCAUUUUGGCUGCAAAGAAGGAAGCUGGCAUGAUGGUCCGCGUGAUUGAUCCAGAGGACGAGAUCAUUGUGGAGAAGGUAUUUGGAUCAUAUAUCGGCGACCUAAGGAGUAAAAUCAACUAUGAACUGCAGCCCGAUCGACGCGCUUCCGGGCGCACAGCAUGGGUGACAGAGAUGGAAGAUUUGAUGGGCUGCAGGGUCAACCAUGACGGGCAUGGGAUUGAGUGCACUUGGGACCUCUGUGGACACACCAACAGUACAAGUGUGGAUGGAAAAGUUGUAAUGGUUGAUGAUCUUUUUUAG